CAAGCAUUCUUAUUUUGCAAGUACGCUUGAGACAUGUCCAUGCCCUCAGGUUAAGUAGCAAUGUAUCUGACAAAUCUACUGUUAAAAGAGCUGGAUGAAAGCACACACCCAAAACAAAUGUUGUUCCCUACAAGUAUGAAGCUGCAGUACCGAUCCUUGGUUCUGAUUGUCACCCACGGUGAUGGUGUCAACGAUCGAAAUUCCCUGCAUCAAACUUUGUCAAGGCCACAAUAAAAUAUGUAAGUUACGGGGCAAACUGGUACGAAGGCUCUGUAUCUCCACCAUGGUAUGUCAAAACGACGAGCUCUCCCGAAACGCUUCACAAAUCCAAGAGUCUCUGCGGACUGGUGACAGAACGUAUCAAAAAGCAGCUCCAAGAAGACAGCAUACCAGGAACUCGGAGUGCAUUGCUUCCAGGCUGUCUAGUCGGACGAGCGCUGCAAAGUGCAUCAAUGUGGCCGAUCUGGAUCAGAGGCUUACACAAAGACGCACACACACACGGUAUCAGGCACCGUGAUCCGGGCGGGAGGGAGAGGUAAAUUAUGGGGUGUUCCAAGAAACCCAGCCCUAUUCCUCAUCUGUUGAUGAAAUUAUAGUCAUCAGGUCCAAAGCCUUUUUCCCUUUUCAAGCGGAUUGUGUGUCCGAUCGUACGGACAAGAUGUUUCCCCUGCGAACGUUUCACAAUUUGAGGCUCUUCUUUGGAUGGGGUGAAAAUCUUGUACUUUCCGAAAGAAUGGAAUUACGGAUACAACCACUCAUGGUGCCCGCACAGCCCGCGAAAGGUUCGUCCCCUGCCGUCUUGCUUUUUCUUUCAGUUGCCCCAUCUUCCCCCCCCCCCUCCGGCAUCGUCUUCCAACGCUCGGCUUUCAACCCAUUUAUAUCUGCAAGAACCACGCUAUUUACACCUUCCCCCCUGCUGUAAACGGAACCCGCCAUGCGCAGCCUUAAUUCGCUCAUUGCGAGCGUGCUAGCCCUGGUGGCAAUCACACAAGUGCGCGCACAGUCUGUUGUUCUUGGCGGUGCUUGUGACCCUACCGUGGACGUAUUCGGAUGUCAGGGUCGGAAUUACAUGUCCUGUGAUCCGCAGUCCAAACGAUGGAUUCUGCAGAACCUUUGCCCAACUGACUGUUUGGGAAUUCCUUCAUUUGCCGCAAAUUGCGGUCGUAACUCUCACGGGAUAGAAACGUCGCCAGUGAGUUCCCCCGCUGCUCCCACUUCAACUGCCGGACCCACCCCAUCAACGCCUCUUCCUUCCCAGUCCUCCCCCGCGCCUACCUCUUCAUCAGAUCCAAACGGACAACCAAACGUGGUCCCUACAAACGGUGAAACACCCUUGUCAAACGCAACAUCAUCGGGAUCCUCUCGCUCAGCAGCGGUCAUCAUUGUCCCAGUCGUCGCCGGUGUGGCUGUGAUAGCCGCAGCAGGCGCAGCAUUUGUCGUGAUACGUAGACGAAGGCAAAAGAACGGGUAUCCCUCGAAAGGCACAGAAGCGGCUCACGCGCGUGGUCACGAUGAAAUGUCCGUGAAGCCUCUCUUUGCACACGGAUCUGGAGCACAUUUGAACGUUGCGUCUGUGCUAGAAAAGAGGUAUACCGUUGCUCAUGACUAUGAACCUGCUGCAGAUGAUGAAGUACAUUUACGAGUGGGAGAUAUCGUCCGAUUGAGUCUAUUGUUUAAUGACGGAUGGGCAAAGGGUAUCAACGAGACGACAGGUCAACAUGGUCUAUUACCUUGUGCCUGCAUACAAGAAAUUACUUCGGCUACCAGAUAGCUCUCCCUGUAGUUUUAUCGUAGAUUUAUGUACAUUGAUCGUCCCAUUCAGUUCAUAGAUGUAAUAUGCGGAACCUCGUUUCCUUAGUUUGGCAGAUACAGUCAAGUUUCCAUGAUUGAAUGCUGGUCAGCUCUGUGUUUGCAUACCAUCUGGCCAAUGUAAUAAAGUUAAAAUAAUUGAAUCUUUGGGAUAAACCAUCCACCG